AUGGAAAAUGCAAAAGGCAAGAAGUGUAAGUCCAAAAAGAAGUCAGGGGGGAAAAAAAUGGCUUCCGCCAGUUUUCAACCAGUAAAAGCUGAAGAGGAACAUCAGGCUGCCGGUGAAUCAAGUACAGAAAGUACCUCCAGGAAGGAAACCAAACGGAAAAGGUCUAUGAAAAGUGACAAAGAUUCCUGUCCACAAGAGACGGCACAAAACAAAGAGAGAGUCAGAAUUCGGAAGAAGAUACCAAUCCCUCCGUUGCCCGUUAUAUUGCCACCAGUUGACCUGCUUCAUCGAGACAUCGUGAGGGCUUGGUGCCAGCAGUUAAAGCUGAGCACCAAAGGCUUGAAAGUGGAAGCAUAUAAGAGGCUGUGUGACUAUGCUUAUCCUAAUCAAAAGUAUAUUCCUGUCUCCUCAAAGGAGUCCAGGGUGUUGACAGAAUCGAAAAGGAAAUUGAAGAUGGAAAAGGAGGGAAUGACUCUGGAGAGUUUUGGUCUUCCUGAAAUGAUUGCUCCCCCUGAGGAGGGGGUGCCUGGAGGGGCUACUGCUCUCCUUGAGCGAAUGGACGGUGUUGUCGUGACAACUUCCACACCAGAAGCUGUGUUUGCUUCCUGGAGCAAAAUCGCGGCCAGUGCUGGGCAGAUGGAGACAUCGCAGUCAACACAAGAGGCCUCUGGUGUCAGGUGGUGUGUGGUCCAUGGGCGAAGUAUUGCUGCAGACACAGAAGGUUGGGUUAAGCUACAGUUUUAUGCUGGGCAAGCCUGGGUUCCUGAAAAACAAGGGAAAGUGUGUGCACUCUUCUUGCUCCCGUCCUGCAACCUCCCGCCCCCGGACCUGGAGGACAAUAUGUUGUGCCCCAGAUGUGUUCAUAGGAACAAGAUAUUAAUGAAAAGCCUCCAGUGA